UCCACCUCAGUCUGCAGACAUGUCCAGCCUCCAGGAACUGUGCUCUGGCCUGCCCCUACAACCUCUCCCUGAGAAUCGGGGGCGCUGGGCUGGGGUGCCACAUGCUCCGGUCAGGACUCCCGGCCUCAGCCCUGCAGAAGAGCAGCUGGCUCUGAAGAAUGCUCUGCGCUACUUCCCACCCACUGUCCAGAAGCUGUUGGCCCAGGAGUUUGCCCAGGAGCUACGACAAUUUGGACACAUCUACAUGUACCGGUUCUGCCCCAGCAUUGAGAUGAGGGCCUACCCAAUUGAUCAGUACCCAUGCCGGACACGAGCAGCUGCAGCCAUCAUGCACAUGAUUAUGAACAAUCUGGACCCCGCUGUGGCCCAGUUUCCACAGGAGCUGGUGACCUACGGAGGAAAUGGGCAGGUGUUCAGCAACUGGGCUCAGUUCUGGCUGACCAUGUCCUACUUGUCGAAGAUGACUGAGGAACAGACUCUGGUCAUGUACAGUGGACACCCGCUGGGCCUCUUCCCCAGCAGCCCUGGUGCCCCACGCCUGAUCAUAACCAACGGGAUGGUCAUUCCCAACUACUCCUCCAGGACAGAGUAUGAGAAGCUGUUUGCACUGGGGGUGACUAUGUAUGGCCAGAUGACAGCGGGCAGCUACUGCUACAUUGGUCCCCAGGGAAUUGUCCAUGGCACAGUGCUCACUGUGCUGAAUGCUGGUCGGCGAUACCUGGGCAUCGAGGACUUGGCAGGGAAGGUCUUCGUCACCUCCGGGCUUGGUGGGAUGAGUGGGGCUCAAGCCAAGGCUGCAGCCAUCGUUGGAUGCAUCGGAGUGAUCGCAGAGGUUGACAAAGCUGCACUUGUAAAACGCCACCGGCAAGGCUGGCUGAUGGAGGUGACGGACAGCUUGGACCACUGCAUUGUGAGACUCAGGUACAGUUGGCUGCACAGGACUCAGAGCAUUGGAGGCAGGGGAGGAAGCAUGGCUAGGGCUGUUCAGUGCCUGAUGUCCAGCCACAGGGAAGCAAGGAAAAAGAAGGAGGUGCUCAGCCUUGGCUACCAUGGCAAUGUGGUGGAUCUUUGGGAGCGCCUGGUCCAUGAACUGGACACUACGGGGGAGCUCUUAGUGGAUCUCGGGUCAGACCAGACAUCCUGUCACAACCCGUUCAAUGGUGGCUACUACCCUGUGCAGCUUAGCUUCUCAGAGGCCCAGAGCCUCAUGUCCUCCAACCCAGCUGCCUUCAAGCACCUGGUACAGGAAAGCCUGAGGAGGCAUGUCUCAGCCAUCAACAGGUUGGCCCAGGAGAAGUUCUACUUUUGGGACUACGGUAACGCCUUCCUCUUGGAGGCUCAGAGAGCAGGAGCAGAUGUAGAGAAGAAAGGAGCCAACAAGAUGGAGUUCCGCUACCCCUCCUAUGUCCAGCACAUUAUGGGGGACAUAUUCUCCCAGGGCUUUGGGCCCUUCCGCUGGGUAUGCACAUCAGGGGACCCCCAGGACCUGGCUGUCACCGAUCAUCUGGCUACAUCUGUGCUGGAGAAAGUCAUUGACGAUGGAGUGAAGGCAUCUGUUAAGCUACAGUAUAUGGAUAACAUCCGCUGGAUCCGGGAGGCUGCCAAGCACCAGCUGGUGGUGGGCUCCCAGGCGAGGAUCCUAUACUCAGACCAGAAAGGACGUGUGGCCAUUGCUGUGGCCAUUAACCAGGCCAUCGCCAGUGGGAAGAUCAAGGCACCAGUGGUCCUGAGCCGUGAUCACCAUGACGUGAGUGGCACUGACAGCCCCUUUAGGGAGACUUCUAAUAUUUAUGACGGUUCUGCCUUCUGCGCAGACAUGGCCGUGCAGAACUUCGUGGGAGAUGCCUGUCGUGGUGCCACCUGGGUUGCACUUCACAAUGGAGGGGGUGUAGGCUGGGGCGAGGUGAUCAAUGGGGGAUUUGGCCUUGUGCUAGAUGGGUCUGCACAGGCUGAACAGAAAGCCAGGAUGAUGCUCAGCUGGGAUGUCUCCAAUGGUGUGGCACGGCGCUGCUGGUCUGGAAACCCCAAGGCCUAUGAGAUCAUCUGCCAGACAAUGAAGGAGAACAGUGGCCUGGUGGUGACACUUCCCCACGAGGUGGUAGAUGAACGCAUGCUACAGCAGGCCCUGCGGCCCUGA